GUUUUUGUUCAUAAUCGCAAUGUGUGACGCAUCUAUUGGCACUGGUGUGAAUUUUGUAUCACUAGCUGAUGUGAAACCUGGUACGCGGCGUGUUGCCUUGAAGGGUGUGAUUGUAGAAUUACUAGACGAUCCUCCGCAGAGUGCGACUCACAUUCGUGAUCAUAAGUACUUCUAUCGUUUUUCGGACUCUACAGCCUCGGUUGAAUUGGCCGUUCCUCACGGUAUUUUACAGGAUUUGGUGAGCAAGAACUUUAAUCGGAUUGACAUCAUCUCUGGUCACAACGUUGACUUUAUAGACCAGGUUCUCCUUCCUGAUGCUAUUCCCAAUCGCGUUCGCGGGCUCGACGGUUCCGGGUUUACAACUAAGGAAUCCGAGGGUGUUACGAUGAAUUUUGUUCGCGGCGAGCCGCGCAAUAUAGGUUCAGAGUUUGCUGAGGACUCUGAUUGGAACGGUUGGAGUGAGGAUGAGAAGGAGGAUUCUUUAAAGUGGUUAUUACAACCUGGUGAUGUUAUUGCUAUACAUGCUUCCACUGCUUGGUCACAUGGUCACUUGGUUAUUAUACCAACUACUAGCAUUCACGAAUCAAUAAUGAAGGUCGGCAGGCUAUUUACCAAGUUUAAAUUAGAGCCCAACCUCAGCAAGUUGUACACUUCCACGAGGGAGCAGUAACAUUACACUGAACAUUGCCUAUG